UGUGCCAGGGAAGUUUCACGUCCAUACGAAGAAAGAACAGGUCAGCAUGUUGGGUCGUGCCUAUAGUCGUCUCAGCGAGGUCGUAUGUCGCUCCUUGACCCGGUCUGUCGCCACCGCCACGAAGGAGACGAAGGUCGGGGUCGUCGGGUGCGGUCAAGUGGGCCAAGCUGUGUCCAACAACCUUGUCAACAAAGGGUUCAAGGUCGUAGCUGCUUGUGACACGGACAGGUCACGCCUCCUUGACCUGCCCUCGAGUAUACGUCACGUGACCACGCCCAGGGAGGUCACCGAACUCGCCGAUGUCGUUGUUUCUUGCCUGCCCAAGCCCCCCAACGUGAAGGCGGCCUCGGAGGGUCCGGACGGGAUCCUGGCCGGCAUCAGCAAGGGGAAAGUGUGGAUCGACCAUUCCACCACGGAGUUCGAGCAGACGGAGGUGUACAUGAAGCAGGUGCAGGAGUCUAGCGCCCAUAUGCUCGAGUCGCCCAUCACAGGAGGUCUCGAUGCCCUCAGGAAAGGCCAGAUGAUCGCCUACGUGGGCGGGGAUAAGGCCGUGGCUGAUGCCAUGAUGCCCAUUCUGGAGGCCUCAUACAUCAAGGUUUUCUACGUCGGGCCUACUGUCGGAGCGGCCAUGGUGAUCAAAGUCGUAUCCAACAUGCUAUGCUGCGUCCAUGUUGUGGCUAUGGGGGAGGCGCUGAUGUUAGGCAAGCGCGCCAACAUCGACCUCAAGACGUUCUGGGACGGGAUUCGCCUCAGCGUCGGCAACAGCUUCGUGUGGGAAACGGCGUCGCCCGUGAUCUUCAACGGAGGCGACUAUGAUCCCGGCUUCUCCCUCUCGUUGCAAAACAAGGAUCUGCAACUCGGCUAUGAUAUGGCCCGGAAGUACAAGGUCCCCAUGGAGAUGCACCAACUAGCCCUCAGUGUCUACCGUCGCUCGGAAUACACCUUUGGGGAGGAAGCCGGGUGUUACAUCGUGCCCAAGGAGCUCGAGCUGGCUUUGGGCGAGUCCCUCCAGAUCCCUGGCUUUAAGAACUGGGAGUAUGAUAAUGUGAUUGAAGAUGGGUCUCUCAAUGUUAAGCAUUUGGGUGUCGAGGCGUAGGGUGUGAGUCGUGAGUGUUGGAGAGGUGGAGUGGUAUGUUUGAGGGUAUGUUGGGGGUAUGUUGGAG